GCAGACGCUCAUGUGCUUGGUGUCAUUUAAAUAGCAAUAUCUUCUAAAUUUUAUCAUUUUUUACUAGAAUCAGUUCAAAAGUUCAUUGAUUAUUCUUCCAAAUAACAAUCUAAUCAUAUUCUUCAAAACUUUGAAUUAUUCAAUCAAGAAAUCUUCUCAUAUAAACUUUCGGAUAUAAUUUUAUCCGUAAAUGAUUGCCAAUAUGGAGUUGCUGUAUUUCACGAUUUUAUCCAUUACUCUGACGAGAGGCUUUAGAACAACUGUGCAAAUAAACGCUAAUAAGCGAAAUAUUGCUGUAAAUAGCAAUUUGUCAAUAGCAAACAUCCAACACAGUCUUCAAUAUUAACCAGAAGAAUUUUCGGAUUUGUUUAAAUUUCAGAGCAUUGAAUUUUGCUUGCUUUGUAGCGCUGAUUUUGAACAGCUGCUGUCAACAGCGGCUGUUGGUUACGUUCUUGUGAAUGCGGCACACUAUUGGCCCCGCGCACCAUCUCUAACAGGCAUGAACAUGCACGAACGUAGUACACACAUAGCUCCGUCUGAAUGUAUUGGUUGGCGCGCGGCACUUACAGUGUGUCGCAUGCACAAGUACUUAACCAACAGCCACUGUUCAAAAGCAGCGCUACAUAGCUAGCCAUAGCUAGCAAUGUUGUGCAAUCAUUCAUACGAGAAUAAAAGAUGGUCUGCAUCGUCAUUUGAAAUUCGCUGCUGCAGCAGAACGUAUUUGCAAUAAUCACGGCAGUCGUCAGUAAGUAUAGACACAGAUAGGCUGCACAAGACAAUGAUUCUGGCGUUAAUUAAUCAAAGUUUAAUAUUGAUGGGCCUUAUUAUCAUGUAUUCAAAUCCACCUAAAGACCCAUUAUGGAAUGUGAUUAUUGACGAUCGGUUCUUAGUUCAAGAAGGUCUUGGUAAAGGAUACACUGGUUUUGUACGAAGUGGAAAAGACUUGGAAACCAACGAAGAAGUAGCCAUCAAAUUUGCAUCGGAAAUAAGAUAUUGGUCACUGGAAAAAGAAUAUAAAAACUAUAUACAUUUGGGUGCUCGCGAUCCUAAUGUCGUUCAACGUGGCAUACCGCAUAUCAUACAUUUUGGAGACUUUGACCAAUACAAAUAUUUAGUAAUGUCAAAAACAGGUCCAACUUUACAUAAAUUGAAGGACAAAACCAAAGAUAAAGAAUUCACAUUUACAUCAAUUGCCAAAAUUGGCCGACAAGGCAUAAGGAUAUUUGAAUAUAUCCAUUCAAAAGGCUUGAUAUUUCAUGAUGUUAAACCACACAACAUUGCUGUUGGCAGAUCGAAUGCAAAUAAAAUCGUUUUCUUUGAUUUUGCAUUCAGUGAAUUUUAUAUCGAUGAUAUGGGUGUAUCAAAACCACGAAAAGAAGCCACUAAGUUCUAUGGAACUCCCGAUUACAUGGCUUGGGGACCGCUGAAUCGAUACACUCAAGUACGAAAGGAUGAUUUAAUUUCGUUCGGACUCGUUUUGCUUGAAUUGAACGGCGUAAUACUUCCAUGGUCAGAGAUUACGAAGGAAUAUGACAACAUUUAUAUAACGAUGGACGUUGUACUUGAACAGUGGAAUAAGCAUAGCAUCGAUGACAUCUGUGACAAGUCGGAUAAUCCACAUUUCUUCAAGGAAUACUUCAACUAUUUAGAUUCAUUUAAGUCUCAAGAACGACCCGAUUAUGAUUUCCUGGUGCAACUCUUCGAAAAUGAACUUACAGAGGAAGAGCUUGCUGAUGACGACUUGGGCAUUAUAUCGACGGACAAUACAAAAACGCACGAAAAUGCACAGGGUGGGCAAUAAUAACUGUCACCUUUUUAAAGCAUAAAUCACACAUUUUUAAUGGAAUUGAGCUAUUGUUUUUGCGUUCAGUAGACGCGUAAUUUCGAUUUCAGCAACCAGAUUUGAAAUUCUUAUAAAUUUUUUAAUAUUUUUUCUCCGAUUUAGUACCAUAGAUGUGGUGGACAAAAAUUCAGUCGUGAUAUUUUUUAAGAAAUGUUGUACAUAUUGGAUGCACGGAAAUUUUAUAUUGUCAUAAAAUAUUAAAACGAACAUUUAAUCAAAUUAAACAAAUAUCUUCAAAUCAUAU